AUGAGAAUCGUUCGUAAAGACUUCGUGCGCAAUGGACCUGGAAGCGUCAAGAUGGUGCCAGUGGAUUCUGAUGAUCUAUGGUAUGUAUAUAACUUGAUAGCUCCUGGAGAUUCUGUCAUGGCCGUUACUAUUAGGAAGGUUCUUAGAGAAGCAGCUAAUGGUGGAAGAGAUGCAGAACGUGUUAAGCUCAAAUUGGAAAUUAAAGUUGAAGAUGGUGUGGAUUAUGAUAAAGAAGGUGCUGUUUUGCGUGUUCGCGGGAAGAAUAUUCUAGAGAAUGAACAUGUUAAGAUUGGGGCAUUUCAUACUUUAGAAAUUGAGUUACAGCGACCCUUCGUGCUCAGGAAGGAUGUCUGGGAUUCUUAUGCUUUGGAGGUACUCCAGCAGGCCUCUGAUCCUGGUGCAAGUGCUGAUCUAGCUGUAGUGUUAAUGCAAGAAGGAUUAGCCCAUAUUCUCCUUGUUGGUAGAAGCAUGACUGUUACUCGUUCACGAAUAGAAGCUUCAAUUCCUCGCAAACAUGGGCCUGCUAUUGCUGGUUAUGAGAGAGCUUUGAACAAGUUCUUUGAUAAUGUUUUGCAGGCAUUCUUGAGAAUUAUAGAUUUCAACGUGGUUCGUUGUGCUGUGAUUGCGAGUCCUGGAUUUACAAAAGAUCAGUUUCAUCGUCACUUAUUUUUGGAGGCCGAAAGAAAACAACUGCGACCUAUUAUUGAAAACAAGUCUCGCAUCAUUCUUGCGCACACAAGCUCAGGAUACAAGCAUAGUUUAAAAGAGGUUCUGGAUGCUCCAAAUGUCAUGAGUAUGAUAAAAGAUACUAAGGCAGCACAAGAGGUUCGAAUUCUGAAGGAUUUUUACGACAUGCUUUCAAAUGAUUCAGCACGUGCUUGUUAUGGAGCAAAACAUGUUGAGGUUGCCCAUGAAAGACUAGCUGUGCAAACCCUUCUCAUUGCAGAUUCUCUUUUCAGGAAUGCAGAUAUACCAACGCGGAAAAAGUUUGUCAACUUGGUCAAUUCAGUUAAGGAUUCUGGAGGUUCUGUCCAUGUAUUUUCAUCCAUGCAUGUCUCUGGAGAACAACUAGAACAGAUAAGUGGCAUUGCUGCAAUUCUUCGGUUUCCUCUCCCUGAUCUUGAAGACAUUGAGAUGUAA